GGGGAAGGGGAGGGGAGAAUGAGCUAUUUGGCCCAAAAUAAAACCCGAUCUUGGUUCUAUCCGCCAGUCUCACUGUCAGUGGCUCUUCAGUUCACUUCUCCCUAAUUUGGCUCAGACUCUCGGUUAGAUCUCUGACGAAGUGUAAAAGCCACUAUUGGACUUUCCGUUGGCUUGAGCGGUUCACUUUCUUGAUAAUGCAAAGCAAAAUCAAGUACCAUCAAGCAAUAUUUUUAGAACCUCGGUUCAAGUUUUCAUGCUACAGCUUCAAGACCAAAUUGCAGAUCAACCCUGUCAAAGAGUGGAGACUGAACAAGAAAUUAAUCGGUGGAAGAGUGAUAGCUAGAAUGGCAGAUUACAAAGGGAAGGUGAUCACCACAGGUGAUGUUUCAGGGGAUAUGAUUUUUCAACCUAUCUUGGAGGAUGGGGUUUUCCGAUUUGAUUGUUCUGUGGAUGAUAGAGGUGCAGCAUGUCCCAGUCUUUCUUUUGUAAAUAACAAGGAUAGGGACAUGCCAAUCAUGACUCAUAAGGCCCCUUUAUAUACCCCAACCUAUAAAUCUCAUAUGGACCAGCAGAUUGUACAACUUGAGCUCCCUGUUGGUACCUCGUUUUAUGGAACUGGGGAAGUCAGUGGGCAGCUAGAACGGACGGGAAAGAGAAUUUUUACAUGGAAUACAGAUGCAUAUGGUUAUGGUCCUGGAACUACAUCCUUGUACCAGUCACAUCCCUGGGUGCUUGCCGUCCUUCCAAAUGGAGAGGCAUUGGGGGUUCUUGCUGACACAACAAGGUGUUGUGAGAUUGAUCUGAGAAAAGAAUCAACUAUACAGUUCAUUGCUCCAUCCCCAUAUCCCGUGAUUACAUUUGGUCCUUUUACUUCUCCCUCUGCUGUUUUGGUUUCCCUGUCUCAUGCAACUGGAACCGUAUUUAUGCCUGCAAAAUGGUCCUUAGGCUAUCACCAGUGCCGUUGGAGUUAUGAUUCUGAUCAGAGAGUUCUUGAGGUUAGCAAAACAUUUCGCAAGAAGGGUAUACCAUGUGAUGUCAUAUGGAUGGAUAUUGACUAUAUGGAUGGUUUUCGUUGUUUUACUUUCAACAAGGAGCGUUUCUCAGAUCCAAAAUCUUUGGUAAAGGAUCUGCACCAUAUUGGCUUCAAAGCUAUCUGGAUGCUUGAUCCUGGAAUCAAGCAUGAAGAUGGUUAUUUUGUGUAUGAUAGUGGAACAAAAAAUGAUGUCUGGAUUAAAAAGUCAGACGGAACACCUUUUGUUGGGGAGGUAUGGCCUGGUCCUUGUGUCUUUCCUGACUUUACACAAUCAAAAACUCGUUCUUGGUGGGCAAGUCUGGUUAAGGAUUUUGUUUCUUGUGGAGUUGAUGGUAUAUGGAAUGAUAUGAAUGAGCCAGCUGUUUUCAAGUCAGUAACUAAGACAAUGCCUGAGAGGAACAUUCACAAUGGAGAUAAAGAACUUGGAGGUUGCCAGAAUCAUUCUCACUAUCACAAUGUAUAUGGCAUGUUAAUGGCAAGAUCUACACAUGAAGGCAUGAAAUUAGCUGAUGAAAAUAAGCGUCCUUUUGUUCUGACCAGAGCUGGAUUUGUUGGUAGCCAUAGAUAUGCUGCAACAUGGACAGGAGAUAAUCUUUCAAAUUGGGAGCACCUUCAUAUGUCUAUUUCUAUGGUACUUCAAUUGGGAAUGAGUGGUCAACCACUUUCAGGACCUGAUAUUGGUGGUUUUGCUGGAAACGCAACGCCCAAACUUUUUGGACGGUGGAUGGGUAUAGGUGCCAUGUUUCCUUUUUGCCGUGGGCACUCUGAAACAGGCACAACUGACCAUGAACCCUGGUCCUUUGGUGAGGAGUGUGAAGAAGUUUGUCGCCUAGCCAUAAAGAGGCGCUACCGCCUUUUACCACACAUAUACACUCUCUUUUAUAUUGCUCAUACAACAGGCAUUCCAGUGGCAACUCCUACCUUUUUUGCUGAUCCAAAAGAUCCCAGCUUGAGAACACUUGAAAAUUCGUUUUUGUUGGGUUCACUUUUAGUUUGUGCAAGCUCUAUGCCUGAUCAGAGGUUGGAUAAGUUGCAAUGUACAUUGCCGAAUGGAAUUUGGCAAAGUUUUGAUUUCGAUGAUUCACAUCCGGAUUUACCAGCUUUAUUUUUGCAAGGUGGAUCUAUCAUACCUGUAGGUCCUCCUUAUCAGCAUGUUGGUGAAUCUGAUCCAUCGGAUGACUUGACACUUCUUGUGGCUUUAGAUGAAAAUGGAAAAGCAAAAGGUAUUCUAUUUGAAGAUGAUGGUGAUGGAUAUGGAUUCACUGAAGGUCAAUAUCUACUGACACACUAUUUGGCUGAGCUUCAAGAAUCAGUGGUUACUGUUAGAAUUUCUGCAACUGAAGGAUCUUGGAAGAGGCCACAACGACAUCUGAAUGUCAAGUUAUUGCUUGGUGAAGGUGCAAUGAUCAAUACAUGUGGGAUGGAUGGAGAGGCUUUGCAAAUUAGACUGCCUUCAGAAAAUGAAAUUUCUGAUCUAAUGUCUGCUAGUAAAGAGCAGUACAAGAGACGAUUGAGAAAUGCGAAGCCAAUUCCAGAUGCGGAAAGGGUUUCUGAGCACAUGGGAAUGGAACUUUCAAAAAUCCCCAUUGAACUGAAAAGCGGUGAUUGGGCUCUUAAAGUUAUUCCAUGGAUUGGGGGUAGAAUUAUUUCCAUGGAACACCUCCCUUCAGGAUCUCAGUGGCUCUGUAGCAGGAUUGAGAUUGAUGGAUAUGAAGAAUACUGUGGUACAGAAUACCGGUCUAUUGGGUGUACUGAGGAAUACAAUGUGCUAGAGAGGGAUCUUGUGCAUGAUGAUGUUGGAGAGGAGAAAUCACUUCUAUUAGGACUUGAUAUCGGUGGUGGGCUGGUUCUUGACCGGAAGAUAACCAUGCCUAAAAAUAAUCCGACGGUCUUUCAAAUUGAUUCUAGCAUUAGAGCUCUCAAAGUAGGUGCCGGAUCUGGUGGAUUUUCAAGGCUGAUAUGCAUAAGAGUCCACCCAACGUUCAACCUUAUGCAUCCCACAGAAUCUUUUGUCUCAUUUACCUCCGUCAAUGGGUCUAAGCAUGAAGUGUGGCCAGAAUCUGGGGACCAGUUUUUUGAAGGAGACCUUCUGCCCAACGGCAAAUGGACUUUAGUGGAUGGGCGUGUCGGUUUGGGGCUUGUGAAUCGAUUUAACGCCGAGGAAGUUUACAAGUGUUACAUCCACUGGGGACCAGCCAGAGUCAAUUUGGAACUGUGGUCUGAAGAGAGGCCGGUCUCCAAGCAAUCACCUCUCAGAAUUUGCCAUGAGUAUGAGGUGAUAAAUAUCGUUUAGCAACUCGGUGAUUUUCUAUGAAUAAUAUUCGAACAACUUUCUUUAUUUGCAAGAGAAUGUAAUGUCAGUAAACCCUAUAAAUAAAUGGAAUGAAAACCUCUCUGAUCUGAAAUUCAAUACAACAGUAUUGAUUAAUUUAAUAA